UAGGCCAAGACUGGGAGGCAGCCAGGCCUUCCCUGGCUCUCAAAGGAGCCACUGCUGCCUUUGUCCAGUCCUGCUACUGGAUGCCAUCAUCGGCCACCGACUGCCCACUGCUUGCCAUGCCUGAGGAGACCCAAGAAGACUCCAUGGCACCAAUGAUGCCCAACCAGAGCAGGGGGCCACUGGCCCCCAACCACGUGCAAGAGGUACACCUGCACCAGGUGGAGUCCAUCAGCGACCUACACAGUGGAGGCACACUGCACCCCUGUCUGACUGAAGAGGCACAGCCGUGGAAUGAGCUGCUGAGCGUUUUGCCGCCGUCACUGUGUGCCCAAGCUGGCUGCAGCCCUGUGUACAGACGAGCAGGGUUCCUGCUGCUGCUCGCGCUGCUGGUGCUCACUUGCCUGGCGCUCGCACUCCUGGCUGUCUACCUGAGUGUGCUGCAGAGCGAAUCCCUGCGCAUCAUGGCACACACGCUCCGCACGCAGGAGGAGACGCUACUCAAACUCCGCCUGGCCAGCCUCAGCCAGCUUCGGAGGCUCAACUCCAGUGAGACCCAAACACCCAGCUGAGAUGCCAUUUGGAUCUGGGGCCUGGGGGUGUGUAUGGGGGGGAAAUAAAGUGGCUAUGGGCAGGUCUCUCCUUCCCUACUGCUGGCUGCCACAUCUACACUAUUUCCUUGGUGAGAUUUUUGUACAAGAACCCGAUGUUAACUUCAUAGCUGCCUGCCUCUCCUGAUCUCUUCAAGCCAGGCCUAGCCAAGCCUCUGGUGCCAAAGCCUUGUUUUGGGUGGUCCAAGGUCAGGGGAAGGGGCACCAGCCUCUGGGCUCCUCCUGUGGCCUAUCAGCACUCUCUGGCCAGCCCAGAUGGCAGGUUUUGAAGUCUAGAAAUAGCUGCCCCCACAGCAAUCACCCAAACUCUGCCAGGUCUCCCAGUGAGGGUCCAGCCUCAGCUUUCAAAGACAGGCUGGGCUCUGAGUAGUGGGAGAGGCACCACUUGGGGAAAGACUGCCUUGGAGGGCAAAGGUGACAUUGUGGAAGACCCAGCUGGGCUCAAGCCUGGGGUGGUAGAUGGGGAGGGAGAACAGAAAAAUACCCAGGGGUUAAGACCACAGAAGCCUGACCAUUCUGUUUAAUUAUCUCUAAUAAUCCUUAAAAAUCAGCACACAAAUCCAUUCCAGGUAGCUUUGCCUCUCCACCUGCUGUGGUGGCAUUUGUCCAGAUGCCACCACCCCCCUAAGAGUGGGUCAUCCUGGGCCUGAGAAAGGAAAGGAAGGGAAAGGCCCCCUGGGACAGGCACAUAUUUAGCCUGACCUGAGACAGGGCAGGAAGAGGCCACAGGGCUGAGUGCAGGGACAAAGGGGCCAGGGUCCCAAGUGUCUGGGCCCCCAGCUACCCACCCCAUGUCUGUUUUUGGUUUUGUCAUUAAAAAAAUAAAGUGACAAAUACUGG